UUUCCAACCCAAGUUACAUCACCGCUUCUCAACCUUACAGUAAGUCAGCGUGGCCAAUGUCCAUCAUUCAUGCAUCACGGGCCUGCUGGCCUUCUUCUGCCCUAUCCUAGUCUCCUUUUAGCCAAGGCCUCCGUCGAGUACCUGGGCUCUGCCUCAUCGUGUCCCCUCACCGAUCGGCACCACUUCACUGGAUCAGGUAAGAUAAUGGGGAUCGCAAGGCUAGCCAACACAUUCCAGAGGCACGAGAGGGAAUUCUCCGUGGCUGGGAUCAUCAUGAAUCAGAAUCAAGGUCACACCCUUGAAAGCUGAAUGCCAUGCUUCACUGACCCGUGCCUGCAGAAGUGUGCCCACCUCCAUCACGACUUGCCGAUGAUGUCGCUGGCCAACCUUCCAAGCUCAUUAGCUACUACUAAACCCGUACGUCGGCCGUGGUCAGCUUUUGUCUUGGUAUUCGAUUUUACUUUAUAUCCUCAACUGCCUGCAGAAGUGGCUGAUUUCUAUCCGUCCACGCGGCAAGGUGAUCUGCAUUCGCCAGACGCUCGUUGAAGCUACACACUCUCUCAAAAAUCAGAUUGAUACAAUACUGCAAUGAUGACUGUAUAGCUGUGAAGAGUAUGAGUAUUGUUGAUUGCGGCGAACCACCAUGCAUUCGUUAACCCUGCAACUUGUGGCCUGCCUUUCGGCAGCCCUCACCACCUUCGCUCAAACCACUGGCGCCGAUGUCUACGUGACAACCGCCACAUUAUACCCACCACCCGAGGCCAAUGCCACCCUCCUCAAUGGCACAUUCGUCUAUACCUGCCCAGUGGCGCCAACAGUUUUUGUUAAUCUCACCGAAUACAUUCCAGUCAUUGAAACCACCACACAACCGCUGACUGUAUAUCAAACCAUCAUUUCGACCACCGUCGUGACCUCGGUUCAGGUUCAGCUCUUUACAGAGACCACCACCGAGGUCAGCAUCACCACUGACACGACCGUCAGCGAGACGACGGCAACGGAACUGGCGACAGUAACCACCCCCACAACAGAUACACUUACCGCCACAGAAGUCCAGUUGCUCGUUACUACCACCCAACAAGUCACAAGCGUAACAUUAUGUCCGACCAGAAUUGUCAACCCAGCAUUCACUGCCCUUAGUCCUUUCCCAACAGACUGGACAUGGGGCUGCCCUCCUGGCUGGUUAUGCAGGCCAGAUCGAGAACAAUGCAACUGGGAGUUCGGAUUGCCGGAUCCGAACUUUGUAUGUUCGCCUAAUCACUGUGUCCCAGCCGAAGCCCUUCCUGCAUCAUUGCCAACAUGGGACGACAGUCCCCUAGGCAAUUCCACGCCCGCCCUCGACCCAGGCCUCACAGUUCAGGGCAUUGAUUCAUAUUUCAUGAUGGCACCUGGUGACUUUGGGUUGGGUUACAGCAUCUUCGUGGUUGAUGAAGUCAUCGUGUUGACAUCCACCACUCUAUUGUUGCCAACUCCUACUAUCGACGCCCGACAGGCACAAACAAGUGUCCCAGGAGCUUGUUAUCCUUGGUGCAACAACUGCCUGCUCGAGGCUCAAGCCAACGGCAAAACCCCGUCUCUGUGUAUGCCAGAUUCAGCAUUUGUGGCAUCGUUACAACAGUGCGAAGAGUGUAUCGAGGCGCGUGAGACCGAGGACAAUGCUGGUUUCGUCCAGAUUGCGCCACAAUUCCAACAGUUCCUGGACUACUGUGACACAUUCGCCACCAUUACCGUCACUUCAUCUAUUGCAACCACCACCACCGAUGGCUCUGGUUCGACUAUUAGUACAACCCUACCGACCACCUCGGUGACAGUCACGUCGACCGGAACAACUUCCCCACCACCUCCUCCACCGCCGCCGCCGCCGCCACCAUCGACCACCGCCGAGCCUCCACCACCGCCGCCCGUGACGACGCUGGUCACGACUAGUUUCUCAGAUACCACUGUGCUCGGCGACGACUGGGCGCAGGUGACAAUAAUCCUCCCUGUGGCUGAUAAUAGCACGACGACCAUCUACGGUUCUAGCUUGACCGAGGGAGCGACACUAGUCCUGCCACUUGCUCAGACGACACUGACGUACGAGACGACACUGACCGGCCCAUCAUCUGCACUAGAAGCCUCUCGCGCCUCGACUGGCGAGCCAGCUGAGUUCACGGGAGGUGCAGCGAGUCUCAGAGAUUGGUCGCAGAAUGUCAUCUGGCGAAACGGAAUGAUUGUGCUCGCCACAACUCUAUCGUUGUUAUGGAGCCUCUAAUCGACAUCAUCCCCUGAAGACUAAUGUCUCAACUCAAGUCUAGGGAGAAUUACUCUCCAAGCCGCCCCCAGCGGAGCUAUCGCCAUAUUUUCACGACUUCUACGAACAUCUCCAGGUUUGUCGAGGGUGGAUAUAAUCACAUGCCAUCAUAAUCAUAUAUAUACAUCCCUUAUGUAGGAUGUGGAAAGUCCCAACAUGGUAAAGGUGGACAAUGAAUAGAAAGUAUAUAGGCCACAAGAGACGAAACCUGUAAUUAGGUGAUGAAAUCAGCAAAACAAAUGAUUUGAUCCACAAGAAUACUGAUAUGGCAAAUGCCCUCAC